AAGCUGCUCUAAAGUAGCUUCCCCGUGAACUGACUGAUUGAAACUGUGACCACCCGCCGGCGUACAUUCAGUUGGGGGACUAGCGCACUAGCGGCAGAACUUUCCGAACUUGACGACAGAAGACGAAGGGAACGAACACUGUUGUUCUUACAUCUAACUUUCGUUGGCAAACGAAUCUAUAAAUAUCAGUGAUAUUUACAACACGUUCACUUUAAUUAUCUUUUAAAAACCUUGCGGUAACACAAUAGCGUUUCUGAAUGCUUGGCGUUUUUAGAGAUAGGGCAACUAACUUUGGAAUUCUCCACUCUCGCUGCAUGCGUCAGCUGUUAAGUUAUCCAAAUACACAACAACGUUAGAACCUGAUGGCAAAACUUUGCAUUGUUUUGUUGUUAGAGGCGCACUUUGUAUCCUGGAUUCAUGGGCAUUACACUGAAGUGACGACAUACGAUACGUACAAUGAGGUCCUGCAUGAGGAGGAGGAACCUUAUUACACUCCACAGCUAGACUACAGCAAUCCGCGCUGGUGCCACACUCUGAAGCUGCCCAAUGGAGACGUGUCCUGCUCCUCCCCGCGCAGCCGGAACCACUACGGCUCGCUGGGCACGCGCUGCGAGCUGUCCUGUGACCGCGGCUACAAGCUGGUGGGGCGACCGUCGGUGCAGUGCAUGUCCAAUCGUCGCUGGUCCGGCACUGGCCACUGUCGGAGGGCCCGUUGUCACGUUCUGCCUGUGAUCCAGCACGGGACGUUCCACUGCUCGGAGAACGUGAUGGUGGACUCCAGGUGUGAGUACCUGUGCCACCCCGGGUACCAGCUGGAGGGAGACCACGUGCGCAUAUGCCAGGACGGUGGGAGCUGGACUGGCUCGGAGCCUCUCUGUGCAGACAAUGAGCCUCCGAAAAUAAAGUGCCCCGAGUCCAAAGUUAAGGUGGCGGAGCCCGGAAAACUCACGGCCCGGGUGUCUUGGAAUCGGCCUCACACCUCGGACACCUCUGGCAAAACGCUUGACCUCAUGCGCGUGGGCCCUGAGUCUGGGUCUAUGUUCGCCGAGGGGAUCCACAUCAUCCGCUACCGUGUGUACGAUCAGGCCCGCAACAGAGCUGCCUGCAAGUUUAAUGUGCGCGUGGAGGUCCGAAAGUGCCCAGCGCUAAAACCACCUCUCCAUGGUUACCUGACCUGCUCGUCGGACUUGAACAACUACGGCGCCACCUGCGAAUACCACUGCGACAGCGGCUACGAGAGGAGUGGCGCGGCCACCCGUGUGUGUCGCUUCGACCGCAGCUGGUCGGACGAGCCGCCUUAUUGUGUGUUGAUGCACAUCAAUACAGAUGUGAAGACUGCAGCUGCGUUGCUCGAUCAGUUCUAUGAGAAGAGGAGACUGCUGGUUGUGUCCACACCAAAUGUUGCCAACCCAUACUACAAGAUCCAAAAUGUUAUGUUACAGAAGGCGGACUGUGGUCUGGAUCUGCGUCGUGUGACUGUGAUUGAGCUGCUGGGGGUGGAGCCUCGGCAGGUGGGGCGCAUCAAGGGACGUUACCUGGACUCACAGGUCAUCGAGGGCCUCAGGCAAGCUCUUCACAUCUCCACCUCCUACUUCAUCAUGGUGCUGGUGGACGAGGACGGCAUUGACCGCGAGCGCUUCAUGAACCCUACCGGCUCCACGGAGCUCUACGCCUACAUAGAGGACUACCUGCUGGAGGAGGAGGAGAGGGAACGUCUGGAGAUCAAUAGGGACAUGUGCGAGUGAGAGUGACCUGUGGUGACCUGCUCCACGGCCUAGGGACCUCACAUGCUUUUUCACAGACUGGGGGCAUGCUCGGACACCGGAAUCCUCCCCAUGUAGCACAACUAGAGCAAGGCAGACCAAGACCUUAGGCUGGAUGAGGGGACUUGCAGUAGUAAUGUCAAGAGCACAUGUGUGCUUUUGGCUCUGUAGUGAUGUUACUGUUAAAGCAUAUCAUCAGUUCAAGAACCUGUAUUAAACCAAGCAAAUGAAAUACAUAUGAAAUGCAGGUGAGAAUCGGGCACAGUCAGACAACAUAGAUUGUUGAAAGUUUAUUAUAUUACUUUUGAGGUGAAUGACUUUAUGUGAUGUAUUUAAAAAGUGCAUUUAAAAGGAGAGAACAGAGAAUAUAAAAGUUAUGUUUGGAGUCCUUGGACAGUUUGUCACUGAAGAGGAAUGUGUAACGAUAGAGGGACACAUUUACAUUAAGUAACUGUUAACAUGUUCAAAUAACAACAAUAAAAAAAUGAACAAACAUAUAAAUAAAACAUGAUGAGAACUGA